AGCUCCGCAGGCUGAGGGACCGGUGCCGGAGCUGCCCCGCGCCUCGCCCGCCCCGCGGCCCCGGUGCAGCCGGGGAUCCCGGAGGCCGCCGGCGGAGGCGAUGCUCGCCCGCUCCCCGCUCUGCGCGCCGCCGCCCGGGCACCCCCGGCAACCGGGGACCGCGGGGCGGUGACCCCGCCGACACCGGAGGAUGCUCGUGGGCGGCGGCCGCUCCCGCAUCCCGGUCCUCGGUUCCUGCAUCCCAGCGCUGCUCCGGGAGCCGGUGACCCGGUCCGGCCCCCGCAUCCCGGGCUGCGGUUCCCGGUCCCCGCGGGGCGGGAUGGAGGAGGAGGAGGAGGAGGCGCCGGGGCCGCGCUCUGCCUCCCGCCGCUGGCUCUAGCCCGGCGCUCCGGGCGGGAUGCGGAGAUAGCGGUGAGGCUGCCGGAACGCCCCGCAAAGCUUCUGGCGGCCCCCGGUCCCUCGUGGCCGCGGGCGCUGCCCCCGGGGCAAGGGAGGAGCCACCCUCAGCAUCCUCCGGGACGAGAAAGGUGGAGCUCGACGCAGACCGUCCGUUCCUGCAUCCCCCGAGCCGGCUCCGUCCUGGCUCGGUGCCGCCGGCUGCCCCGGGGCUCAGGGGCUGGUUGCCCCCACUCGCCCCCCGGGGCAACCAUGCCCUCCCCGAGCGAGUCCAGCCGCUCGCUGACCGGCCGAGCGUCCCGCAGCCUCACCCACCUCCGCGUCCAGCGGACCUGGCUGCAGAUCCUGCUGGUGCUGGGCUUCAUUCAAGUCAUCCUGGGCAUCCUCAUCGUCACCUUCAGCCUGGUGGCGGCCACCAUCACGCCCUCCGCCAAGAUCCGGCAUUCCUGCCCAUCCUGGGCCGGCUUCUCACUGGCGCUGUCUGGGCUUGUUGGCAUCGUCUCCUGGAAGCGGCCGCUCACCCUGGUGAUUACCUUCUUCACGCUGCUGUCGGUGCUGGGCAUCAUGCUGAGCCUUGCUGGAUCCAUCCUGUCCUGCCAGAACGCACAGCUGGUGAAGUCUCUGGAGGCCUGUGAGAGGGAGAGGGACUCAUGCGUCUGCUGCCAGGCCCACUUGGAGCCCCUGCCUGCCUCGUGCAGCCGCCAGAGUGAAAUGCUGACCAUGUACCCCAACUCCGACUGCCGGAGCAUCCGUGUGGCACUCAAGGACCUCCUCUUCAGUGUCUGUGGCUUGACCAUCUUCUCCACCAUCAUCUGCACGCUCUCCGCUGUCGUGUGCUGCAUCCAGAUCUUCUCCCUCGACAUUGUCCAUGUGCUGGUCCCCCAGCGCUCGAGCUCUGUGACACUGGAAUGCACAUCCCCUCCCGACACCUUCCUGCAGAGCAUGAUGGACUUUGAGGAAUUCGUGCCUCCGGUACCACCACCCCCCUACUACCCACCCGAGUACACCUGCAGCUCCGAGACUGAUGCGCAGAGCAUCACCUACAACGGGUCCAUGGACAGCCCUGUGCCCCUCUACCCAACCGACUUCCCCCCAUCCUAUGAGACCGUGAUGGGGCUGCGGGGGGACAGCCAGGCCACUCUGUUUGAGUCGCAGCUGACGGAGGGCCCGCACGCCUGUACCUGCGACCGCGUCCCCUCCAUUGUGCUCAGCGGAGAAGUAUCCAUGGACAGCGGGUCCCUGAUCAUGUCCGAGAUCAUGGACAUCCCUGGGGACAGCAGCCCCUCGGAGGAUUCGUGCCUGCUGGAGCUGCAGGGCUCCAUGCGCUCCGUUGACUACGUCCUUUUCCGCUCUAUCCAGCGCAGCCGCGCGGACUAUUGCCUGAGCGUGGACUGCGUGCAGUGCAGCCACCACGUGCGCAGCCCCACAUUGGGCUUGCAGGGCCCCUUCGAGGAGGUGCCCCAGCCCCGGGUGCGGGGCGAGCGCUCCUACUCCUGUUCCACGGCAGAACCCAACCACGACGGCAUCUUGGUUGGAGGAGCCAUCACCCACAGCUGCAAUCGCCUGGAGGGGCUCGCCCGCUGCGCUGGCCCCUGCUUCCCCGAGGUGCGGCUCAAGGAGAAGGGCUUGCCACAGGGACGUGGGGGCAACCGCUCUGUGGGACCCAGUACCGGGCGCUUCGGCCAACCGCGACGCAACAGCGAGACCUCCUGCCCCUCAUCCCCAGCCCCGGCGCUGAGCCAGCGCCCACUGGUGAGGUCGCACAGUGAUCCUGGGGUACUGACAGCCACCCAUGCUGCAGAUUUCAGGGAAGUACUUUAUACCAAAGCACUGGAGGACACCGUGUCCAACUCCUCGGCAGAUACAGGGCUGUGCUCAGAAUCCUGCCUGCUCCGCCAUUCGCACUGUGACUCCCCGCUGCUGCUCCGGGCCAGCUCGGUGGGGAAGAACAAGCUGCUGCCCUCCAAGAAGGUGACGCAGCAGCUGUCAAAGACAACAACUCGCUCACUGGGGGACCUCAAGGUCUGCCGAAGCACACGCGGGCUGGUGGCCAGGUUCCUGCAGAGACCCAAACGCAGCCCACCAGCGGGCAUGGAAGUGCCUGAGCACAGCUCCCAGGGACACAAGCAGGUUCCCUGGAGUGCCUGGCCGGGAGCGGAGCAGCCGCACGAAGGCAUCCACCUGCAGAGCUGUGGGGACCUGAGCUCCACUUCAUCCCUGCGCCGACUCCUGUCUGCACGUCGGCUGGAGCGCAGCCGCCCGCGCAGCCUCAGCGGGACCUGCAAGGAGAGUGUCCUCUGACCAAGCACCCGUGGGGACCCUCUGGGACAGGGACAGGGGUCCCGCUCGGGGCCAGGACCCUCGGACACUGCUCAGAUGUUGCUGCUGCCCCGGCGGGGCUGGGACCUGUGCCGCUGCCCUGAGGUCCGGGCUGAGCCCCUUCCCCAGGCAGGGCCGAGGCAAGGGGCUGGUCCCCUGGGCUCUGUUUGGCCUGUCCCCUUCCCUGUCCCCUCUGCCACACAGGCCUGUCCCCUGCCUUGUCCCUUCUGCCAGACAGGCCUGUCUCCUGCCCUGUCCCUUCUGCCAGCUGUGCCUGUCCCUUACUCUGUCCCCUCUGCCAGCCAUGCCUGUGCUCUGCGCUGGCCGUGCCUGUCCCCUACUCUGUCCCCUCUGCCAGCCUUGCCUAUGCCAUGUGCUGGCCGUGCCUGUCCCUUGCCCUGUCCCUUCUGCCAGCUGUGCCUGUCCCCUACUCUGUCCCCUUUGCCAGCCAUGCCUGUGCCGCGUGCUGGCCGUGCCUGUCCCUUGCCCUGUCCCCACUGCCAGCUGUGCCUGUCCCCUACUCUGUCCCCUCUGCCAGCCUUGCCUGUGCCGCGUGCUGGCUGUGCCUGUCCCUUGCCCUGUCCCCACUGCCAGCUGUGCCUGUCUCCUACUCUGUCCCCUUUGCCAGCCAUGCCUGUGCCGCAUGCUGGCCGUGCCUGUCCCAUGUCCUGUCCCCUGUGCCAGCCGUGCCCGUGCCCUGCCCUGUGUCCCCCUGUGCUGGCUGUGCCUGUACCUGGGAUGGCCACAUCUGCCCCUGUGCUGGCUGUGCCCGUCCCCUGCCCUGUCCCCCGUGUGCUGGCCAUGCCUGUCCCCCACACUGGCUGUGCUUGUCCCCUGCCCUGUCCCUUGACCUGUCCCUUGACCCGUGCCUUGCCCUGUGCCCUGCCCUGUCCCGUGGUGUGCCCUGUUCCUCCCGUGCCUUGUCCUCCACCCUCUCCCCUGUCCUGCCCUGUCCCCUGCCCUGUCCCCCAUACUGGCUGUGCCUGUCGCUUGCCCUGUCCCCUCCCUUGCCCUGUCCUGCCCCUUGCCCUGUCCCCCACACUGGCUGUGCCUGUCCCUUGCCCUUUCCUGUCCUCCCCACCCUUGCGCUGUCACCCGUCACACCCUGCCCUUUCCCCUGUCCUGCCCUAUUGCUGUCCUGGCCUUUGCCCUGUUCCCUACACU